AUGUCCAAUCUAUUUUCUGGAAUUAAUGCCCGCCUACGAGGCACCUCCUCAAAGACAGGGGCGCCGGUGAACAAAAGCCCAACAGCCUCUACUAACGAGGUCCCGCCAGUGUGGCAUGAGAGUCAAUCCCGAUCUCAGACACCGGUGCCUCGGGUUUCAUUACCGGAGUCGCCGUCACUUACUGAGUCUAUGGGAAUGGCGUCGCCUCUGACUCUCGAUUACCCUCGACCCCUCCCAAUGUGGCUCAAUACCGCCUACGCCAAGCACAUCGUCAAGGGCAACUUCAUGACCCUCAGCGCUCGGCCUAAGGUUGUUGAGCAAGGCGAAUGGAUAGCGCAUCAAGCGGUUGAGCACUACCGAAAUUUAUGGAACUUUGUCCGUAUUGUUCACGAGAAGGAGGAUGAUGGAACCAGCAUAUGUAACCCUACGACCUGCCCCAAGAUGUCGGCAGGAAAAAAUCACUCGUAUACUUGGCUCAACAAGAGCCAGCAGCCCGUCGAGCUUCCGGCGCAUGAGUAUAUGAUGCUGAUGCAACGGUGGAUUUCUGGAAAGAUUGAUGACCCAGCAAUGUUUCCUACCGAUCCCGCCGGCGUUUCCUACGCUAUUCAGCCCACAGGAUCGAACGAAGUCCCCCAAAUCGACGGCGAGGCCUGGUUGGGUGCCCGAAGCGGAUUCCCAAACCAGUUCGGAGGCACUUGCCAAUUGAUAUUCCGCCAGAUAUUCCGGGUCUAUGCUCAUCUUUAUUGGGCUCAUUUCAUCAACCCCUUUUACCAUCUCGGCCUCGAGAAACAACUGAAUAGUUGUUUCAGCCAUUUCAUCCUGACGGCGACUACUCUGGGCAUGCUACAGCCUGAAGAACUAGAGCCCAUGCAAUACCUUAUUGACUUGUGGGCAGCGGAUGGUACCUUUCCUCCCGAGUCAAGGGCAUAUUCGUGCGCAAAUCUGGAGAGAGGUAGAUAUAUCCUCAGUCUCGGCGGUGCCAAAUGA